GGUUGUUAAGAAUAUAAUAGAAUAUUAUAUGAAUUCUAUACUUCUUUUAAAAACCAAUUUUAUGAACAUUUCAGUUAUUAAAAUUCUUUCAUUGUUCACAAUUAUUGAUGGAUACAUAAUCAAUCAAUCUUUACCAAUAAAAAAAAAUAUAAGAGUGGCUAGGAUUGCAAACGGUGAACAAUUUGACCAAUCCUACUAUCCCUAUGUGGUCGGAUUAAAAAUACAAAUCGUUGAUGAAGAAACAUACUGUACCGGUACUUUGGUGUCACCGAGGUUCGUGUUAACAGCUGCUCAUUGUAUCGAGGGGUCAAGUUUCGUAGAGGUGUAUCAAACUGAUCCGCGAAAUGAGGAUGGUGAAAAAAGAGAAGUUAUUGAAUUAUUUAUGCAUUCAUUAUACAAUGAUACAAGUUUUGUGGGUGAUUUGUGUUUGUUAAAGAUAAGCAAGCCAUUUAAAAACAUUACCAGUUACGCAAAUAUUUCCGGAAAUCCCGAACUGUUUGCAAAUGAAACCUCGUUAAAAUGUUUUAUAUUUGGUUGGGGUAAAAACGAAACUGGUUAUCCAAAAUAUAGAGCAAAUUUUGCUUCUGUUUGGGUAAAGUAUGGGCCCAAUGCUUGUGAAGUACCUCCAGACAAUUACUUUAUAAAGGAUAUUGUUGAAAGUACGUGGAAAGAUUUUUUGUGUCCAGUACCCAACAAUCGCAUGGCAUGCAUUGGAGACAGUGGAGGUGCUUUGAUGUGCCAAGGAUUCCUAUUUGGUAUUACCAGUCACGGUUAUAAUUAUUAUCCUGAAAUGGGACAUUUAAAAACGGAAUGCGGCGAUACUCGUGUUCAAACUAGAUAUAUAUUUAUCGUUAUUUAUCGGGACUGGAUUAAUAAUCAUUUACAUGGAACAUCUAGCACAUUAAAGUUCAAUCAUUUAAUGUUUAUUCUGAUUAGUAUUGUAAGGUUUUUAUUAUCGAUAUAAAAUAGUAGUUUUAUAAUAAACUUACAAUUGUCACCAAUACGAAACCUUAUUAUAUAUAUCUACCGUUAAAUUCU